UUGUUUGUUUGUUUGUUUUUUCGUGCAGUUGACGGUACAGUAGGUGGUGGAGCGGCUCCGACCCCCCCUGUCCCCGCUCCCGGUUUCUUUCCCCUGCCGCUGCCGCUGCGUCCAGUGUCGUCAUCAGUGGGCGUGUCCGACAGGGAGGAGGGAUUUCCAGCCUUCCCUGCUCCAGCCUCCGUCAGGAUCUCUGCGGCUCCAGCUCCGGCUCCAGCUCCUGCUCCAGCACCGACCGACCGACCGCGCUCUGUUGGUGUUGGUCGGAGCCUCCGAGGUCCGAGGCCUGCUCCCCCGGGGGGACUCUCUCGGCGCGUCUCCUCCAUGAGUUUCCAGCGGGAAUAAUAAUCCACCACCGAGGAAUGCGGACGUUUGCAGGAUGUCCAGCAGCGUCGGACCGAGAUUCAAAGCCGCCCGGUUCAUCCCCGUGUCCACCGCUGCCACGCUGCUCGUGGGUUCCACCACUUUAUUCCUGGUUUACACGUGUCCCUGGUUGACCAGCGUGGUCUCCCCUGUCGUCCCCCUCUACAAUGGCCUCGUCUUCAUCUUCGUCCUGGCCAACUUCAGCAUGGCGACCUUUAUGGACCCCGGUGUCUACCCCCGAGCGGACGAAGACGAGGACAAAGAGGACGACUUCCGGGCGCCGCUCUACAAAAACGUGGAGAUCAAAGGCAUCCAGGUCCGGAUGAAGUGGUGCGCCACCUGCCACUUCUACAGGCCGCCCCGGUGUUCGCACUGCAGCGUCUGCGACAACUGUGUGGAGGACUUCGAUCACCACUGCCCCUGGGUGAACAACUGCAUCGGUCGCAGGAACUACCGUUACUUCUUCCUGUUCCUGCUGUCCCUCAGCGUCCACAUGGUCGGAGUUUUCUCCUUCGGACUCAUCUACGUCCUCCACCACCGGGAGAGGCUGGGAACGCUGCACACCACCGUCACUCUGGUGGUGAUGUGUAUCACUGGGCUGUUCUUCAUUCCAGUCGUUGGACUCACUGGUUUCCACAUCGUCCUAGUGGCUCGAGGUCGGACGACCAACGAACAGGUGACAGGGAAGUUUCGUGGUGGAGUCAAUCCCUUCACCAAGGACUGCUGCAGCAACGUGGAGUACGUCCUGUGCGGUCCUUUAGCGCCAAGGUAUGUACUGGACUCCACGAAAAGACCUCACAUCAAAAUCCAGCCGCCGUUCAUCCGACCGGACCUGAGUGACCGACAGAUGACGGUGAAGGUCAGUGACAACGGCCUUCACGGAACCAUCGUCAGCUCCAAGUCUAAAGUCAGUCUGGACGCCCUGGAUGAAAACGGAGCCCAGACGCCGCUGCCGCCCAAAGCCGAGCGGUACAACCAGCUGAGGGGUCAGGUGAUGUCCAGUGAAGAGAGUUCCCUUUCUGCCCAGACCCACCCCUCCACUCCGGUUAUGUACAAGUUCCGGCCGUCCUUCGGGACCAUGCCCAAAGUCCACUACCACACCGCGGGAGAGAAGAUCAUCCUGGGAAACGAUCGGACCACGUCGGCCAUUUUGGAAGAAGGUGUUCUGUCUCACGACUACAGGUCGGAGCCCAACCUGGACCUGCCCGAGUACAACGACACGGCCCUGCUUCGCAACUUCCAGUCCUCUCCUUUCCAGUUGGACUCCGACCCCGCCCCGUACAGGCUGGUGGGCCUGCGGCAGGGUCACCGCAGGCCGCAGAAGGGUCAGCUCCACGCCCUGCAGCCGCACACGUCCACCCCGUACAAGGGCGUCUUCUCCCCAAACACCCGCUCCAACCGCAACGGCAGCCUAUCGUACGACAGCCUCCUGAACCCGACCGUCUCCCCGGGCGCCGCCAACGAGUGCUCGGUGCACCGCGGCAUGUCAUCUGUGGGGUUCCAUUCCCCGUUCCUCCCCGCCAGAAUGUGCCACGUCCGGGAACCCGAGGCGCAGCGCCACCAGGUGUCCCUGGCCUACAGUCCGGUGGUCAUACCCAGAGGGCUGGGCAGGCAGUCCCCACGCCCGCAGCACAGAGACCCGUCUCCGGUGCGCUACGAUAACCUCUCUCAGACCAUCAUGGCGUCCAUCCAGGAGCGCAAAGAAAUCGAGGCGAGGGAGAAGCAGCAGGUCCUGCGGGGGCGCUCUCAGCCCCACAUAUGCGCCCAGGACUCUGGCGUGUUCGACACGGGCUACGCGUUGACUCACAACGCCUGCUACCCGGACGGGCCCCGAGGCCCCGGCUCCGUGGGCCCGGUGUCCUGUGGUGGAUCCCGGGAGAACUUGAUGGGGACGGGCGUGAUCGGCUACGGCCAGCGGACUCCCGUGUUACGCCACUCGGGCUCCACGCUGGGCCGCGCCCCCAGGACUUCAAGCACCUCCCUGCACACUGAGCACAGUAGCACCAACAGCAGUCAGAGCAGGCACACGGGCCCCGAGGGGCCGUACCAGUCCCCGGUCCACCAGCCCCACUCCCCGGCCACGCCCCGCUCUCCUUCGUACUCCCACCACAAGUUCUCCCACGUCGGCGUCCCGGAGAGGACGGAGUCGCCCCGUAUGGGUUCCAGGGACAACGUGAAAGUUAACGGACAGAUGGACUACAGCCCCGGCCCCCAGGGCGCCCCCCUCAGCCCUGGUCGCUACAGUAAUGUCCGAAAGGUCACGGGGGUCGGAGGAACCACCUACGAGAUCUCUGUGUGAGUGGGAACGACCCCUGACCUCUGACAGAGACCAGGAGAACCAGGAGGACACUUAUGUGAUGAUCCAAACAGGACUGGACAAACAAACAGACACAGACUGUCCUCUGUUACUUUGUGUCUUCAGUGUGAUACAGUGGUGUGGACGCGGUGGACGUGACGACUUUGGACUGUCCACUCCUGCCUGUCUGUGCCAAAAGUCUCGCUUCCUAAGGGACAAAAUGUCCCGUGGGUGUGUGUUUGUUUCACCGUAUGUCCUAACAUGAGGGUAUUGGACUGAGGGACAGGUCUGUCCACUCUGGACUGUUCUCUCCUCUGUGGACUGUCCACUUUGGACUGUCCACUCUGGACUGUCCCCCGUGGACUGUCCACUCUGGACUGUCCUCUCUGGACUGUCCUCUGUGGGUUCUGGUUCUGAUCUAAGACCAGCAGGACUGAGGGGACGUUCUGGACAGGUGUGAGGUUAGAGGUUUUUUUGUGGAAAACAUUUAAUGUUGUUGACGGUGAGUCUGGUUCUACAGUAGAUCAGAAGACUUCAGUUUGAAGGGGGGGUCAGGGGGUCAGUGGCGGGG